AUGCCUUCGUUCAAUCAGCAUGUCACAGUCAAUCUUACCCAACAUGAAAGAGAAAAGCUGGCACAAGACAUGAUUGCAAAGGCAUCUAGCCUUGUUUCUCGUGCAUUUCCUGAUAUACAAACCACAAUCAUGGGAGCUUCCUUAAACCAAGAACAAGUCCAACAGUUUAGAUCACUAGUUGAAUGCUGGACAUCAUCAGGAAAGUGGGUUAAAAUGGACGACCCAGUCAAAGUAAUGCCUCAUUUUCAAGAUCCUUUAUAUGCAAAAUGUGAUCGAAAGUACAAGGGAGAAGGACAAAGAGAUGCUGUUCGUUAUGUUUGGCAAUCAACUUGUGAACCGAUCAAGAACAACAUGGAUCAUAGUGUAAACAGAGACAGAUGGUGUAAAGUGUUGAAUGGAAGACAUAUUCUCGUUGUAGGAGAUUUGGUGCAGUAUCAAUUGCAUGAAAUCUUUUUGAAUACCUUCAGAGACGGUCCAACCGUUUGUUUUGGAGAAUUGAAUUGCAGAGGUAAUGUGAUAAAAAGUUCAUUAGGUGUAUUCGUAUGGCUAAAAAAGAAAUAUUCCACAUUAGAGCAUACAUUGUGUAAUGAGCCAUACCAGGAGACUCAUCUAAAGUACCUUAGAAACGACCGAUUGUCAAAUAAUCAGCAUACAAACAUAAAUCAAGGAUAUCCCAAAGUAGACAUCAUUGAGAUGCCUUUUGCAAAGCCAUCCUUUGGAAGGGGUUAUCCCAUCUUUAUUUUGAAUCGAUCACCAGUCCAUGAAACAGAUGAGGAAUUCAUAAAGGGAUUAAUUGAGACAAUGAAGACAAUUCGUAAGAAUAAUCCCAAUACACUUGUUAUCUAUAGAUCGUCAUCCAUUGGACACCCCUUCUGCGAUGACGCUGAAGGACCUAUCGAAGGCUUGACAGAUAGUGAUUAUAAGGUAUUACCGUUUGGCUGGAGCGAAACAAAGCGACGAAACCUUAUUGCAAAGACAAUUAUUGAAGGAGCAGGCGGUGUUUAUGUUGAUUUGGGAGCAUUGACCGACUUGCGUCCUGAUGGACAUGUUGGUGGACAAGAUUGUCUAAGAUACUGUAUCCCUGGGCCUUUAGAUAGCUGGAUGCAUAUUUUAUACCAAGUAUUCUUGGCUUUGGACGGAAAGAUUCCACUUGAAAAAUAA